GCCAAACCAUCGUCUCUCCCUUUCUUCUCUCUACCGUAAAUCCAAAUUUAGACUUUUUUUUUUCAAUUCUUCUCCUUUAUUUGAUUAUGCAAUUUCCCAUCAGCUAGCUCUUUCUCAAUUCUUGAAGGAACUCCAAGGCUUCAAUAUCAAAUUCAAUCAUGAGCAAUCCAAGGCCACGUCUCCUCCACAACUGGGCAACUUCUCUCUUAACCAUAGCCCAUAAAACGUACCAACAAGCAGAAAAUUCCCCCAGUCCUCUCGGCUCCAUAACCAAAACCCUAGCCUCAUUCACAGCCCCCAUCAUCUACCCCUUAGAAAACCGAUACCUCUCCCUCCUCUCCUACAUCGAUGACCGCAUCCUCUCACUCGAGGACUUCACCAUGACUCUAUUCCCUCCAUCCUCCUACCUCUUCUCCAUGGUCAACGAGCUCGCCCUCCUUCCCGAGUCUUUCCCAAAAUGGUAUGAUGAAGCCAUUGAAACCCUAGUUUCUCUUAUUGAGCCAAUGUUGUCCAAAAUAGGAAGCACUACAUCUUGGGAAUAUGGUCAUGAUAAGGACCGGAUGAUGCUUGAUAUAAAGUGUGACGUACAAGAGAAGAAGAUGGUUGUUGUGCCGAAAGAUGAGGCAGAAAAUGGUGGUGAGAUACUUAGUGUGGAGGAGUUUGGGGAGGAGAAGAAGUUGAGUAAGAAGAUGGAGGAGGAAAUAAAGGAGGUCGAGGAGACGUGCAAGGAUAUUAUUGGAGAGUUGGAGAAGAUGGGAAUGGGGAAUGAGAGGAUGGGUGAAGAGAAAUUUGGAGAAGAGUUAGUGGAGAAGGAAGUGAAGAAGGUGGUGGAAGAUCAAAUCUUAGACUUGUUUGAGGAAAGUUGGGGUGGACAGAGGAGAGUUGUUUACUAAAAGAUUUGAGGGGAGGUGUCUCUUGAUGUUGGUUGCGUUCGUUUGUGGUGUUAUUGUACAAAUUUUGUGUUACGUUGUGUGUUUUUGGUUUAGGUUUAAGUAUGUGGAAGUUUGUGAUAUUUGUAGAUUGGAAUAAGAGGCAACCGAGGUGCCUGGCGAAGUUAAAAUUUGUGGUGCUUAUAAGUGUUGUAUCUAAUAUCACACAUAAUAUAUGGCUUGUGUACGGUUUUGAUUUGUUCCGUAGAAUAUAUCCAGUUUGUUUUGUUCA